AUCUUUAAGAAAAUGGCAAGUUUAAUAAGGUUUUCCCAAAUCCUCUGCCUUUCCUUCAUGUUGUUACAGUUUCGAGUCCAAAGCUCCUCAUCUUCUCAAUCUUCUCCCGAUUCAUCACCACAUUUGUGCCGUCCUGAAGAGCGUUCUGCAUUGCUUGAUUUCAAAAGCACUACUAAAUUGGGGAAAUACUGUCUUGGUACUGGAGAGAUCUAUUUUGGCCCUCCUCGUCGUAUAAUACAAACUUGGAAUGAGAGUAAAGACUGCUGCUUGUGGGAGGGCAUCACAUGCGACAAGGUGAAAUGUCACGUGAUUGGCCUUGAUCUCACCUGGAAUUGUAUUGAAGCCAAUCUAACUUCAAAUAGUAGUCUCUUCCGCCUUGAGAAAUUGCAGAGCCUCAACCUUUCUCACAAUUAUUUUCAUUAUCCUAACAUCUCAUUUGGGUUCAACCGUUGGAAGAGUUUGACACAUCUUGAUCUUUCACGUUCAGGAUACAUGAAUGGCUCUUUCCUGUUUGAUGAGAUCUUCUUGCUACCGAAAUUGGUUUCACUCGAUCUCUCUGGUACUCAUGGUUUGCUUCCUGACAACAUAAAGUUUCAAAUGCUUGUGCAUAAUUUAACAGAAUUAAGGUUUCUUAUCCUUGAUUCUGUGAAUAUGUCUGUGGUUGUGCCUUCUUCCUUGCUAAACUUGACUUCUUCCUUGGAGCAUUUGAGCCUUAGCGACUGUAAUUUGCAAGGAAACUUUCCAAACCAAGUUUUUCAGCUUCCAUCUCUUCAGCUUCUUGAUUUAAGCGACAACUCUCAUUUAGGGGGUAAUUUGCCCGAGUUAAACCAGAGUAGUACCCUCAAGUAUUUGAAUCUUGCAAGCACAUCCUUCUCAGGAGAGUUGCCUUAUUCAAUCGGAAAUCUUAAACUCCUAAAGGAAUUGAAUCUUGAUAGCUGCCAAUUUUAUGGAUCAAUUCCUAGAUCUCUUGCAAAUCUUACAGAGAUAACUCAACUAGAUUUUUCUUCCAACCAUUUGGGAGGGCAAAUUCCAAAUGUUUUUGGAAAAAUACACAAGCAUCUUACUUUUUUGUCACUAUCAUCAAAUAAUCUAUUAGGUCGUGUACCAUCUUGGUUGUUUUCUCUGCCUUCUUUAUCCUAUUUAGACCUCCAAAACAAUCGCCUUACUGGACCAAUUGAUCAUGUUGAGAUGCCCAAUCUCAUUUUACAAGAAGUCUAUUUGUCCAAUAAUGAGAUAAGUGGUUCAAUUCCUAGCUUCUUCUUUGAUCUUGUGCAUCUUACUACAGUCGACCUUUCUUCAAAUAACUUAACUGGCACCAUUACACCCGACAUGCUUUCGAAGCUUGUAGACCUUGAGGAUCUUGAUCUUUCCAAUAAUAGUUUGCUGUCUUUGAGCAAUAAUGGCACUGCUGUCAACUAUUCCUUUCCGAACCUUUUGUUUUUAAAAUUCUCUUCUUGCAACAUACACAAGUUCCCAAGUUUCUUAAGGAAGGCAAAGGGUUUGUGGGAAUUGGAUAUUUCCAAGAACAAGAUUUCUGGUCAAAUUCACAAAUGGGAAAUAGAAGGGAUGUCGACAUUGUACUAUUUAAACCUUUCUUAUAACUUCUUGACUGGUAUAGAUUUAUUUGGUUUUGGAAAUCUUGAAACUGUUGACCUCAGAUCUAACAUACUACAAGGAUCACUUCCCAUUCUCUCAACAACUCGGGAUUUUAUGCAACAACUCUUCAUGUCAGGGAAUAAUUUGACUGGCGAAAUCCCUUCUUCUUAUUGCAAUUUGACUUCUCUUACUGUUCUAGAUUUAGCUAAUAAUUGUUUGGGAGAAAAAAUUCCAGAAUGUCUCGGAAACUUGAGUGAUCUCUUUGUCUUGGAUUUGCAGAUGAAUAAGUUCCGUAGGAUUCCAAAUUUUUUUGAAAAAAGCAUUAGGUUGGAAACCCUUCAUCUAAAUGGCAACCAGUUGGAGGGGAUAUUGCCACGGUCUUUGGUUAAUUGCAGUAACUUGGAAAUUCUAGAUGUGGGGAACAACAACUUAAAUGAUACCUUUCCAUGUUGGUUAGGUAUUCUUCCAUCGCUAAAAGUUCUCAUCCUUCGAUCUAAUCGAUUUCAUGGUGCCAUCAACGAUUCUAUGCCUGCAUCUCACUUCCCUCAGUUGACAAUCGUUGAUGUUGCACAGAACGAUUUUAUGGGUCUUCUACCGAGUAACUAUUUCAAAAUUUUGAAAGGUAUGAGAGAUAUAGCUCCAGAUGAUAAAGUCAAAUUGGAAUACAUUGGUUACAGUCUGGGAUGUUCAAGAGAUGUAGGUUGCCGUUAUUUUUAUAAGGAUUCUGUGAAGGUUGUAAUGAAAGGGUCAGAGAGGGAGCUUGUAAGGAUCUUGAGAAUUUUCACAACUAUAGAUUUCUCGAGCAAUCAAUUUCAUGGACCGAUUCCUGACGAGCUGGGAGAACUCAAUGCACUUUUAUUGCUAAACUUAUCUCACAAUAGCCUCAAUGGUCAAAUCCCGUCAUCAUUGGGGAAAUUAGCAGAACUCGAGUCAUUAGAUCUCUCAUCAAACAAGCUUGAAGGCAGGAUUCCAGAGCAAUUGACCAAGCUGACGUUCCUAUCAGUUUUGAAUCUUUCACACAAUGAACUAGUGGGCCACAUACCUGAAGGGAAGCAGUUCAAUACUUUCUCAAAUGAUUCCUACAUUGGGAACUCUGGGUUGUGUGGAUUCCCAUUGACAAAAAAAUGCAAAGAACCAAGACCACCUUCACCACAAUUUAAUGAAGAAGAUGACUCUACAGCAGUCUUUGAGUGGAAGUUUGCAUUGGCAGGCUAUGGGUGUGGACUGGUGUUGGGACUUAGUCUGGGAUACAUUGCCUUCACUACAGGAAAACCAUGGUGGCUAGUGAAGAAAGUGGAGAAAUAUCAACAGAAAUUAGUUGGAAGGUGCAACCGAAGUCAUAAGCACAGAAAAAUCCAAAAACCCAACCAACACUCUUAAGUGAGUGCAAGCAGGUACCGUUGAUUUCCUACUCUGGGGAGAUCAGGCAACAGUUUGCUUCUCGAGUUUGUUUCCAUCAUUUUCAUGUUCAUUGUUGAUGUAUAGUUGUAUUGCCUUGUGUGGGAAUUAUGGUUAUGUAUGAAUUUGUGUUGAUUUCUUUUGGAUUUGAUCUAUCUGCUCUGCACGCAGUUCUCGUGUAUUUUGUUACUGUAAUUUGAUCCUUCUGUGAUUUUUGCCGAUCAAUCUCUUCAUAUCAUAUUUUGUCCUCUUCUUUUGGUUGGGUUGCCUUUGAACGAUUGUUGGAAGUUGAAAGGUAAUUCAUUUAUCAAAGAAUCUAAAUUGUUUCAUUAAGAAAACUGAGACGAUGGUAGGAGAUGUUAAGAUUAUGUAGGUCUGAUCUUGUUUCUCUUUGUACGUCAGUAACAUCAUAAUCACUUUGUUUAAAAACUUCAAUUUACUGUAAGUUCUAUUUGUGGUGUUUCUCUCUUUUUUCAACUCGCUACAUUUCCUGUUAUAGUUUCUUGUUUUUUCUUUCAGAUUUUGUUAUGUGUACUCACCA